CUUGUCGCCAUUGAGCAAAACUAAUAUCCUUCAGCAUACGGUCAAAAGUCUUUGCUAGAGAUCAAGACAAACAAACAAACAAACCACAAAACCCUUAAGCCUCCUCUCCCAGCUCCCCCCAGCCCCACCCCCACCUCCCACCUCCGCGCUUUCAGCCAACUUCCCAGGCUCGGAAAAGUGCGGCACGGGACGCCGCUGCUGGGGUGGGUGGGGGGAACGUGCCGCCGGGAGAUGCGGCGGCUGCGGCGCAGCUGACUGCGACGCGGGAGCUCCGGGAGCGCCUCCGCGCAGGAGAAAAUUUGGUGUAUGGAAAGAGCACAGAAUAUGAAUUCAGAAUUGUAAGCUGCAAUUGAGGAAAGAGAAGGGGAUCCAAGCCCUGAUGUCCCUUUUUUGAGUGAAGACCCUUCUUCUCAUGCUUUGGAACCUGCACUGAAUCCUGAAAACUUUUUGCAGUAGCAUUUGAAAACCACUGACCUAGCCCAACCCCCUCAUUUUACAGAUGAAGAAACUGAACUUGAGAGAAGUUGAGUGACUGGCCCACCAUUGCAAAGCUGAUUGAAAGCCCAACAGCCAUCACACACGCUGGCCUGUGGCGCCACUUGUAUGUGUGUUCCUAAGUCAAUGAUGAGGGUAUCGGAACCAAUACUGGACAUGGAUAUGGCGAAUUACAGUGAAGUUUUGGACCCAACGUAUACAACCUUGGAGUUUGAAACUAUGCAGAUUCUAUAUAAUUCAAACGAGAGCUCUGCUCCAGAGACAACAAGUAUGAAUACCACAGACAAUGGUGUCAACUGUCUAUGUGCUAUAUGUGGGGACAGAGCGACAGGAAAGCAUUAUGGAGCAUCAAGCUGUGAUGGGUGCAAGGGCUUCUUCAGACGCAGCAUACGCAAGAGUCACGUUUAUUCCUGCAGGUUCAGUCGGCAAUGUGUUGUUGACAAGGACAAAAGGAAUCAAUGUAGAUAUUGUCGAUUAAGAAAGUGUUUUAGAGCAGGAAUGAAAAAAGAAGCUGUGCAAAAUGAACGUGAUCGAAUAAGCACCAGAAGGAGCACAUUUGAUGGCAGCAACAUCCCCUCCAUUAACACACUGGCACAGGCAGAAAUUCGGUCUCGCCAGAUCUCAAUCUCAAGCCCUGGAGCAAGCACUGACAUAAAUGUUAAGAAAAUUGCAAGUAUCAGUGAUGUCUGCGAAUCUAUGAAGCAGCAGCUCUUAGUCUUGGUGGAAUGGGCUAAAUAUAUACCCGCCUUCUGUGAGUUACCGCUGGAUGACCAGGUGGCACUGUUGAGAGCUCACGCAGGGGAACAUUUACUGCUUGGAGCGACAAAGAGAUCCAUGGUGUAUAAAGAUAUUUUGCUUUUGGGAAACAACUACGUAAUUCACCGCAACAGCAGUGAAAUUGAGAUCAGCCGCGUGGCCAACCGGGUUCUAGACGAGUUGGUACGACCAUUUCAAGAAAUUCAGAUUGAUGACAAUGAAUAUGCUUGUUUGAAGGCAAUUGUAUUUUUUGAUCCAGAUGCAAAAGGGCUAAGCGACCCGGUAAAGAUUAAGAACAUGCGGUUCCAAGUGCAGCUCAGUUUGGAGGACUACAUCAAUGACAGGCAAUAUGACUCCCGGGGGAGGUUUGGAGAGCUGCUCUUGCUCCUGCCCACGCUGCAGAGCAUCACCUGGCAAAUGAUUGAGCAAAUACAAUUCGUUAAACUUUUUGGGAUGGUUAAAAUUGACAACUUACUUCAGGAAAUGUUACUAGGUGGUGCUUCCAGUGACGCCAGCCAUCUCCAUCAUCCGGUGCACCCACAUUUGUCUCAAGAUCCAUUAACCGGACAAACUAUACUUUUAGGUCCCAUGUCAACACUGGUUCAUACAGACCAGAUCUCAACUCCUGAGACCCCACUCCCUUCCCCACCACAAGGCUCUGGACAAGAACAGUACAAAAUAGCCGCAAACCAAGCUUCAGUGAUUUCACACCAGCCUCUCUCCAAACAAAAGCAAUUGUGAGAAUAUGUUUACUCCUGAAUGGCACUGCGUAAAUGUGAAAACUUGUUGGUCUUAAAAUAACUCAGGAUAGUACUUUUGGCAAACUCUUAGCCAAGGCUUCUUCAUGGUGCUGUUGUAAGAUGGUAUCCUCUUUUCUUGUUUAUAUGCUCAUUUUGUUUGUUAUUGCUAUUGUUUAAAACUUUCAGAUGCAAAUAAUGCAUAUCUGAGUUUCAAUAUGUUUGUAUAGUAUAUUUUUCCAACUUCCCUUGCACUGCUCUGGAACCAGUUGAAUCUUAUGUACUACUUUCAUUUGUUGUCUCGAUAUUAAUUUAAAUCUGUAAAUAAUUGCUUCAUUGUGAUGUGAUGCAGAACUGAGUGUUCUUUUGUGACUAAGAAUGGUAGGUAGAUCAGCAAUUCCAGAUCAGUGUAAAAUGAACCAUUUUUUUUUUUUAUCAAUUUCAAACUUGCAAGUUAGAAAAAUAAAGCAGUUGCUAUAAAAUAGGAAAUAUUUAUUUGAAGAAUCACUUGUGGAUAUCCAGUGGCUAAGAAGCAUCUUUUUGGCCCACAGUUAAAUACACCUCUAUCUUAAGCUUAGAAAAUUAUAGUCAUGCCAAGGCUGACUGGCUAUUCCUUGUAAUCCUGCCUAUAUUUGAAGAUGUAUUUUAACAUAAAACAUGUUUGUUUUACCAAUCAAGAUACAGGAUAAAUGGUAAAAAAGGAAACCCUUAACACAGUGGCUCGACCAAGAGAAACCCUGCCUUCUCUCUCCUAAAACAAUCUGGUAGUCAUCCAUUGACUUGAAUUUUAGCAUAUGCCUGCCUCUAGUUCCCAGGGACCCUGCAAGAGCAGUCUUUAGGUGAUAAGCCUUGUGCCAACUAAAACGGCACCACUCUGGGAGGCUGAUAUUGGGAGACAAAAUGGCCAUUGUCACACACACAGUGUCUCAAUCCUCACGGCAACCCCGUAAGAGAGGUAUUAUUGUCUUUCACUUAUAAAUGAAGAAACCUAUUGCUUGGAGGGUUGAAGUACAUAACUGAAGUUUGUAAACCUGAAGAGCAGGACAGCCACCUUGACGCCCAGAUCUGCUUGAUUCUAAGGAGAAUAAAUCUGGUGUGGAAUGAAAAAUGUGAGCUUCUUACUAUGGUUUUUAAAUAUAUGCAGUUGAUGUGAUGACUGAAUCCAGCCCAUCUUGUUACCUGUAACACAUAUUUACAUGUAAUCAAUGAGUGUAAAUUUGUUGCAGCAUGAAUAAGAAACCACUGUUGUCGCUUUAAUGUCUUCCCCCCAAAACAAAAAACAAAAAAACAAGACAAAAACACAAAACAAAACCUUAAAACAAAUUAAAGGAAAUAAAAGACA